AUGAGUCCGAAGGAAUCCAUACCCAGGAAGAAAUCUUGCAAUCAUUGCUACAAAUCAAAAGUGCGGUGCGACCUCAAAAGACCGUCUUGCACAAGAUGUAGCAAUCGAAACCUUGAUUGCACCUAUGUCGAUGCGAAGCUCGCCGAAGAAGUCGCUGCAAGUCAGUCUUCUCCAGCUACCGUCGAUGGGACAUGGCUCUCGGACUCGCUUGCUCCAGAAACCAUUAACAACGAGUUGCUGGAUUUCGGCAACAUCCACCUAGUAUGCACCGUGGACGAACACAGAAUCCGCGGCCGCUGGCUCGAGAGCCUGCUUCCUUCCGUGGAUCAGCGACCGAAGCCGUUUCAGGCGUCGACGAUGGCAUUUGUCACGCGUGUGUUCAAGUCCUAUCCUAGAAUGUUUCUGACCGAGAAUCAUCCUCCAUUCAUCCACUGGUCUCAAAUUGCAGACCGGGUUGCUGAGCCGUUGGCAAAUUGCAUGAACAUAACACGCAUGUGGGUGGCCCAGACCCCUGAGAGCGCUGCCAUGGUCCGAGAGGUCAUCGGACAGGAAAUGUCGCGACUAUUUCAAAAGGCAGGGCUGAGAUGGGGCGAGCAGCGUGCAUUUUCCGGCCACUUGGAACUCCUGGCCAUAUUACAGUGCUAUCUUCUCUACACGAUAAUGCUCUUCUGCUCGGCAAAUGCUGCUAGCUUGGUUGAACAAGAUAUCAUGAUCAAGCUCCAAGAUUUAGCCGGCGAUCUUGCAAGCAGAGGGACGCUUUGUCCUGCCGAGACGACUGGUAGCCGACCCGACUGGGAAUCGUGGAUUGUCGCUUCUACAAAAAGGAGAACACUCUUUGCUACCUAUUUACUUGACAACCUGGUCAACUUCACUGUGGGCUCUCCAUCGUUUGUUGCCGUAGAGCUCACAGGCCUCCCGGCCCCAGCGAGCAAGCCUCUUUGGAAUGCGCGGGAUCGCCGAUCUUGGAAUGCGGCCUACAAUCAACAAUUAGGCCUCUCGAGCGACGGAGAGCUACUCAUUAAUGAUCUCUGGCCACAGUCUGACCCCAAUCCAGCGCCGGUGCGACAGAAAAAGAUCGAUGAUUGGCUGUCAUCCGUGGAUGAAUUUGGUAUGAUGUUGUAUGCGGUGACCUCUCACACCUACAAUGAAGCUUGA